AUGGGUUAUAAAAAUAUUAAAUGUACAGUAGUAGGUGAUGGUGCUACUGGUAAAACCUCAUUAUUAAUAUCAUAUACUACUAGUAAAUUCCCUGCUGAUUAUGUUCCUACUGUGUUUGAUAAUUAUGCCGUAACAGUAAUGGUUGGUGAUGAACCAUUUACUUUAGGAUUAUUUGAUACUGCUGGACAAGAAGAUUAUGAUAGAUUAAGACCAUUAUCAUAUCCUUCAACUGAUGUAUUUUUAGUUUGUUUUUCAGUCAUUGCUCCUGCAUCAUUUGAAAAUGUUAAAGAAAAAUGGUUUCCUGAAGUUCGUCAUCAUUGUCCUGGUGUACCAUGUAUAAUUGUUGGUACUCAAACUGAUUUAAGAAAUGAUGAAGUUAUUUUACAAAGAUUACAUAGACAAAGGUUGAAUCCAAUAUCAAUGGAACAAGGUGAAAGAUUAGCUAAGGAAUUAAGAGCUGUGAAAUAUGUUGAAUGUUCAGCUUUAACUCAAAGAGGUUUAAAAACUGUAUUUGAUGAAGCAAUCGUGGCUGCUUUAGAACCUCCAACCGUUAAAAAAUCAAAGAAAUGUACCAUCUUAUGA